AUGUAUACAGACAAUUGGUUGAGUGGUGCGGAUUUUGCUGUAGAAGCAGCUGAUAAAUUUUGUGAAGCCUGUAGCAUUUUUGCUGAUGCUAGUAUGGACCUUACAAAGCUUGUGUCAAAUAGUUUGCUGAUUACUUCUCAGUUAUAUGACAAGGUACCAUUUAUAAAUUCUGAUGGAUGUAAUACUGUAUUAGGCCUUAAGUGGUGUAACUCACAGGACAGUUUCUCCUUUGAUGGCAUAACCUCAGAUUCUGUUGUAGAAGUAGUCUCUACUAAGCGAAGCAUCCUUAGUGUGAUAGCUAAGAUUUUUGACCCUUUAGGAUUAAUUAGUCCAUAUGUUAUGUACGGCAAGAUACUUUUUCAGGAACUCUGGAAACUGGGUCUGACUUGGGAUCAAGAAAUGCCAUCAGAGUUGAAGCAUAAGUUUCAGAAAUGGCUUCUUAGUAGUCAACAUUUUAAGAAUUUUCAGAUAGAUAGAUGUUAUUUUCCACAAAAGGCCUGGGAGAAGCUUAGUCAUAUGGAGCUACAUGGGUUUGGCGAUGCUUCUGAAAAGGGCUAUGGGGCUUGUGUGUACCUGCGAGUACCUGUGGAGAACAGCUCAUAUAAGGUGUCAUUAGUAUCCUCUAAGUCAAGAGUUGCACCCAUAAAGACAAUUACAUUGCCGAGGUUAGAACUCAUGGGAUCUCUUUUGUGUUCAAGAUUAGUCAACUUUGUGAAGAACGCCCUUAACCUAGAUAACAGUGUUAGAGUUAGGUGUUGGACAGAUUCUACCAUUGCUUUGUCAUGGAUUCAAGGAGAUGCUAGUAAUAAGAAGGACAUAUUUGUAGCUAAUCGGGUAAAGGAAAUCAGAGAGUUAACACCUCCAAGUUGCUGGCAACAUUGUGGAAGUAAGGACAAUCCAGCUGACCUGAUAACACGGGGUCUUUUGGUGGACAAUCUUGUGGAUAGUACUAUGUGGUUCUAUGGGCCUAGUAUGUUAAAAGACACCCUAUACCAGGUAAGGGAAGGUAACACAAUUGUUAAAGAUAAAGAAGAAAUAAGCACAGAAAGCACUGUUGCCUGUCUCAAUGUACAAGGAGUGCCAAAAAACCCUUUGAUAGAUUUAGAUCGAUUCAGUAAAUUAAGCAAGGUGUUAAGAGUUACAGCUUAUGUCUUAAGAUUUAUCAGAAAUUGUAAAAUUAGUCAAAAUAAAGUGGAGGGCCCUCUCAUUACUGAAGAGAUUGAUUUUGCUAAAUUGAAGUUGAUUUACUGCAUCCAAAGAGAAGUGUUUUCUGUAGAAAUAAAGGCACUUUUAGGUAACAAGGCUAUUCCUCAAUGGUCUAAAUUAAGAAAUCUUGACCCCUUUCUAGAUGAUAAAAGAUUAUUAAGAAUUAAGGGUCGUCUUGAGUUUUCUAACUUAGACUAUGACACUAAACAUCCUGUCAUAAUUCCCAAGGGUCAAUUUGCUAAGUUGUUGAUCAGAUUUCAGCAUGAGUUUUUGAAGCAUGCAGGUGUGGAUACUGUAAUUUCAUCCCUACGGAAUAGCUUUUGGAUUAUAGGAAUGAGGAGAUUAGCUAAGACAGUAAUGAAGGAAUGUUUAAGUUGCCGUUGGCAUGAUUCAAAACCUUGCAGUCAACCUGUGGCUCCAUUACCCAAAGAAAGAGUAAAGUCUUCUCCACCCUUUGAUGUAACAGGCUUAGAUUAUGCAGGCCCUCUUUUUUGUGCCGAUUGUCCUAGUAAGAAAUUUUAUGUAUUAUUGUUCACUUGUGGUGUUGUACGAGCCGUACACCUAGAGCUUACAGAAUCUUUAUCCUUGUCUGACUGCUUAUUGGCUAUAAGAAGAUUUGUUGCCAGGAGAGGUUUACCUAGUAUCAUAUAUUCAGAAAAUGCAAAGACUUUUGUAGCUGCUAAAUAUGAGGUACAAAGGAUGUAUAGCCACUUGGCUCCCAAAUGGAACUUUAUAGCCCCUCGUGCUCCCUGGUGGGGCGGCUGGUGGGAGAGGCUCAUUAGGUCGGUUAAGCUUUCUUUGAGAAAGACACUAAAUCUGAACUAUGUAAGUAAGAGUGAAUUAGAAACUAUACUAGUAGAAAUAGAAUCAUGUAUUAAUUCUAGACCGUUGACUUAUGUGAGUGAUGAACCUGAUUCCAUUCACUAUCUCACUCCCUCACAUUUUAUCCUAGGACGAGCCUCACACUGUAAAUCCUUAAUAAAUGUAGAGCCAUGUAAGGUGACUUCCAGGGACUUGAAUGAAAGAGAAGUUGUAAGAAACCAGAAGCUAGAACAUUUUUGGAAACUUUGGAGUAACAAUUAUAUAACUAAUUUGCCUCAAGUUGUAAAAGGAUUCAAUAAGAAAUGUGAUUUGUCUAAGGGUGACCUUGUGUUGAUAAAAGAGGAUAACAUUCCUAGAUUGAAGUGGCCUCUUGGGGUUAUUGUAGAUGUGUUUAAAGGUAAAGAUGGACUUGUAAGAAGUGUAAGGAUCAAAACUAAAAGGGGAGAGGUGACUAGACCCAUUCAAAGAUUGUAUGAUCUAGAAGUAGGUAGAUCCGAAGAUUUGAUUACUGCUGAUGCAUCCUGUGAUGAUCUUGAUAGAGAUGUAUGUGAUAAUCCUCAAAUGCCCAUGUAUACUGUGAGUGAUGAUGAUGUACUUCCUAGGUCUAAGUCUGGUAGAGUAAUUAAGCCCCCUACUAAGUUAGAUUUAUAG